CGACCUACAAUUUUAACCCUUGAAAACUAUAGAUAAAGAAACACGCGAUAUCCUUCAAUAUAGCCCAAACCUUAAAAACAUGAAGACCUCAAAAGCGAAAAUACGAAUAAACAAACAAGAAUAAAGCAAACGAAACCCGGAGAAAGAGAAAGAAGCGGAGAAUAAAAGAAUUAAAAAUUCCUCGUCCAGGCAGUGUGGCAACCACGCUCGCCUCACGCUGCGGCACCAGAGCAAAUAAUACCUUUCUCUCCCUCUGUCAUUUCCCCCUUUUUUUUUUAUUUAAUGAUCACUGGCAUUACCAUUUCUCAUUACUCCCUGAGUUAUUUGAGAUGGCGGUCGAUAUAUUACAUACCAGGAAUUUCUUCCUGAGGUGUAUGUGUGGGAUUUAUAUGUUUGCAUUUGGAUCUCUUUACCUUCAAAUACCAGGUCUAUAUGGCGAGAAGGGUGUUCUACCUGCUCACACACAGCUUCCAAAUCUGAAGUAUCCUAAGCAAUGUUUUAUGGACAAGUUAACCUUUUUGUGCUUUUCAUCCUAUUUCGGCCUUAAUGUGUCAUAUAUGAUGGAGUUUAUUUCACUGGCAGGGACAGUCCUUAGUUUCAUUGGAAUGGUUUGGAAAUCAUGGUGUACGGCAACCCUUUUCCUGCUGCUUUGGAGUUCAUAUCUGUCUCUGUAUCAGGUUGGACAGACUUUCUUGUGGUUUCAAUGGGAUAUUCUCCUUUUGGAAGUUGGGUUCCUUACCAUACUUGUGGCACCAGUAAGUCGUCGAGGUUGGUUUGAGUAUCGGCCUAGAAACCUAGUCACCAUGUGGCUUAUACGCUGGGUACUCUUCAGACUCAUGUUUGCCUCAGGCGUCGUUAAACUUCAGAGUGGCUGCCCUACAUGGUGGGGAUUAACAGCUUUGAAUGUUCAUUAUGAAUCUCAGUGCAUUCCUACCACACUGGCCUGGUACUUCCACCAGCUGCCAGGUUGGUGGCACAAACUGUGUGUGGUUGCCACAUUUGUUAUUGAAAUACCAGUGCCAUUCAUGUUCUUCAGUCCAGUACGAUCACAUCGAAUAUUCAGUUGCUAUGCACAAAUUCUGCUUCAAAUAAUGAUUAUCCUCACUGGAAACUACAACUUCUUCAACUUGGUGACUCUUACACUGUGUCUUUCCCUCAUGGAUGAUGUACACCUUGGAUACCAAUUUGUUAAAGACUUGUCAUUUGGAUUCAUCUCCUACGUGAAAAACACAUGUAGCUGGUUUGGGAAAUGGGUUGGCUUCGGAAUCUUGAUUUACUACACCAUGGCGUACUUCUCCUUGCGUGUCACACCAGAAGGAACCAUUGAGUCCGUUGUUGCUUUCACACGAGAAGAAUUUGAUGCUUGGAUGUCAAGAGCCGUUCCCCUGAGUAUUGCCAUCGGUGCGUUCUCACUUGUAAUUACAAUAGCAGAAGCACUGACUUCAGCAUUGUUUGAAGUUCGGGGCUUUCUUGAUAAGUUUGGUGUUUUCAGCACCACUUUUAUUUAUUCAGUCGCAGCAAUCUGCAUGUUUGGGAUAAGUCUGGUUCCAUAUACUGUGUUGGACAGACCAACCAGUCAACGAGUGUGGCCAGUUUUUCAGCAUUUGUAUGGCCAUACUUCAGACUUCCACCUAACAUCUGCUUAUGGAUUGUUCCGCCGAAUGACUGGUGUGGAAGGCAGACCAGAAGUCAUACUUGAAGGUUCCAAUAGUUUGGAUGGUCCGUGGAUUGAAUAUGAAUUCCCUUACAAACCAGGACAUGUGGAGAGACCACCUCCUGUUGUUGCCCCUCAUCAGCCACGUGUUGACUGGCAGCUUUGGUUUGCUGCUCUGGGUACCUAUAACCAGAACCCUUGGCUGAUUUCCCUUGCUCACCGCCUCUUAUCUGGCCAGCCAGAAGUCAUUGCAUUACUGGAUGCAUCAUCUCCAUGGACAGAUAAUGCACCAAAGUAUAUCAGAGCUUCUAAGUAUACAUACCAGUACACCAGUAUAAAAGAAGGGGCAUCUGGUAGUUGGUGGAAAAGAACCUAUGAAGGUGACUAUCUUCCAAUCUUCACAGUUGACCAUGCACCAUUAGUUGAGUACCUGAGGAAAAUUGGUACAAUCGGUACAAUGGACAUUCCAGCUACCAACCAACCUUUACAACAUGGAUUAGACGCAAUCCGGGGUUGGAUUAAUAUUGCUAGUCCUGAAGUACUACUGUGGAGUUUGUUCAUAACUGCAUGUGUGAUUACAUGGACCAAAAGGGGAGUUAAACCCUCCAUGUCAUACCGGUCAGCUAAGCAUGCGGGAGGAAGGCUCUGAUGGUAGGUGGCAUUUAUUUGGAUUUUCAAGAGUAAGAGGUUGAAAGGGGGACAAAAAGCACAAAAGUCUUUUGGUUAAUCUUUGUAGUUAAAUAAUACCUAUUGUGAUAUUAUUUAUGUUUGAUAGAUUAUGAUUUUUUCUUUUCUUUUUGUAUAUACUCAACAGUUUCUUAGAAAUAAAUGAACAAUCAAAAAAGAAAUUGGGGGGGUUGAAAAAUGGUUUAUAUUUUUUAAUGCUCAUAGUUUGUUUUUACAUAAAUUAAAGCAGGUAUUCAUUUUUAUUUAGAACAAUUUUUUGAAACAAUGAUGAAUUGGGCAAAUACUGGAUUCUUGAGUAUCCUGCUGUAAAGAAUUCUGGGAAGUUAUAUACAUUAUGAGGUAAUUUUUGCAGAUUGUGAUUUUCUUCCUUAUGUAGAUGAUCACUAAAAAUAAUCAGAAACACAAUGAAAAUGUUUCAAUGGGAAUGAAUUGUUGAGACAACAUAUAUCCAAAGUACUGUACUGUUAGCAAAAGAUGUAGGACAACUCUGUUUCAUAAACAAUAUUACAGAAGAAUUUUAUUAAUGGGAAUAAUUUGAAUAGUAUAAUGUUCAUUUGGAAUCUUACUAGAUAGAAAUGGGUGAGUUUUAUUCAAUGUUAUAUCAAAGAUUGAAAAGCUUUGAAAGGAGUGGUUACAAAAGAUUGUACCGUUAGGAAAUCCAUGACUGUGAUUGAUAUUUCACAAAAAAAAAUUAUAUGAGAAAAUGUUCAUGGUACUAUAAUGUGUGAGAAUUUUAAACAUAGUUAUUGUAAAGUACCAGGAAUGUUGUCAGUGAUUGGCACAGUUGUGUAUGAAGGAUUUGUAUUAAGAUUGUAUGUUAUUUUUUAUAGAUAAAACACUGUUAUCUACAGUCGUAUAGCCAUAUUGCAAACAUUACAGUACUUGUUUUCCAUCUCAAUGAAGCCCAGUUUUAAACAUUCAUAGAUAUGUCGUGUGGCCAUUGUAACAAUGGUCUUUAACUGGUCACCCUUGUACGAAUUUUGUCCAAGGCAUAAAAUUUGCACAGUCAAGUAAAGAAGACAUGUACUAUGUUACAAUGACGUUUUCUCUUUCUUUUACAUAGCCCAUAUCUAGGUAUUAUAGCACGUAAAAAAACAGUACAAGGGAAGUUUAAAAUGGUAUGGCCCUUAAUUUUUGCAUUCAUGAUUAUAUUACAUGUAAUUGUUAUAUUGUUUGUUAACAAUUUCAUUCUUUCUGCUUUUGCUUAUGGUGAAGCUUGGUACAAAUUUAGCUUUAUAUAGGUAAUUAGUUUCCAUACUUUUUUCAGUAUAAUAUCUUUUCCCUAGUACAUUCUUUUCAGUUUUCAUUAUUUUAUCUUCAGCUGAAUGCCAGCUUUUUAUCAAAAUUAUAUUCAUUACCUUUACGUGCAAUCCAGAUCCUGCUUGGGAUCAGACAGUGCUACUAACUGAUGUCUAGUAAAUUUUUGGUCACCCCCAUAAUUUCUCUGUUGAGGAUUUGGGGCCUUUGGAGCACUUUCUGUUAGGGCACAGUGAGGCAAGAUAUAUUUAUAUAUCUGUAUUUUGUUUGAUUUUAGUCUGUUCAAUGUCAUGUCAUCAAAGAAUCUGCAGCAUAUAAAUGCUAAGCCAUUUGUAAACAUGGUUUGCUUAUUAUUUAUUAAAUAUCAGGGCUACUUAUAAUGACUCUGUCAGGGAAUACUAAAGGGGUUAAAUCCCAGAUGUGACAUUAGUAAAAUAAAUGGCCAGAAGUAUUUACUUUACUGAAAAUCAGUGAUUUUAUUUAGUAUUUUUUAUCUCUUGCAUUAGCUAUAAGUAAAUACCACAUAAAGAGUGCCAAAAUAUUUAUUUGUGAGUGAAAUUUAUGUACUACAGUUGUAUUUGAUUAUUUUCUUCAGCUUCAGAUAGAGGCACAGAUUAUAAGAGAUAAUUUCACAACAGUAUGCUAUUGCUAAAAAGUCUCAAUUUUUUGUCACAUUAUAACAGUCAUACCGCUCAUACUUUUUGGUUGUUGUGAAACUAUAGAAAGAUGGGUUUUUGUCACCUGAUAGGUAAAAGGAAUUACACAAUAAGGGAGUUUGGAUUCUGCUCUAAAGAUGAAGAUGUUUUCAUAGAGACAUUAACACUAAAUCAUUUUGUAUCAUUGUGGUUACAAAUUACCAUUCUCUGACAGUGAUUUUCUUGGAGAGUCUUUGUAGAUAUGCUGUUAUUGAUGACAACACAUAGGAGAGUUUGGAACAACUUUUCUUAGUCCAGUAAACAAACAAACAAACAAAAAAAAGAUAAACAAUCAAAAUGACUUCAUAUGCAAAUUUCUGUACUAGUUGAGAUUGGCCAGAUUUUAGUUAGUUGCUAGUAUGAAUUACAUUUUUUAGGUCGUUCAGUCAAUGUAAUACUCGCACACAAGUGACUUACCACUAAUUACAUGUUUUAGUGAUAUGCAUAAAAUUAACUGCCAGUUGUACUCAUUUUUGUUAGCAUAGUUCAUUGCU